AUGCAAAUCUCGUCAACCUCAUCGAAUAGUCACUAUGCGAACAUGUCGGAUAUUCGAAUGACCGUAUCCUGUCCGCCGGAAACGUUUGAGGAUACGGUACCAUCUAAACAAGUCAAAAAAGAGAUCUCGUUUGUGAUUCAGAGGCCCGAGAGGCCUGGGGAGACACAUUCUCAUCACGGCUCGAAACGAAGCUCCGUAUCGGAUUCAGAAGAGUACGAUGACUUUCCGGAAGAGGAGACUCGAAUGAGAAUGUCCUCCUCGGUUAUGAUCCAAAUGCACAUUAUCAGAAUCAUGAGAUUUGUGAUACGAAUGAUUAUCUCAUCUCCCCAAUUGGACCCAAAAGUGUUGCGUCGUCGUGAGAAGAAAUGGAUUCAAAUGUUGGAUAAUUGGAGAUAUUUUAUGGAUGAAAAAUUCGAGCUAGUCAAGGCCAGAUGUCGAAAAGGAAUACCGCCAAGUCUACGAGGCCGCGCAUGGAAAUAUCUGUGUGGAGCCACUUUUCAAAUGGAAGUCUCCGCGAAUCGAUUUGUUUUUGAUUACUGUGUGAAACAAGCGGGCGAUCCAAAAUGGAAUGAGGAUAUUCAGAAGGAUCUAAGCAGGCAAUUCCCGGAGCACGAGAUGUUUGCAAGAGUUGGAAAGUUUGGAAAUAAUGGAAAAAACGACCUAUUCGAUUUGCUCAAAGCCUGGACCGUCCUUCAUCCGGAAGAGGGUUACUGUCAAGGACAGGCCCCGAUAGCUGCGGUUCUUCUGAUGCACAUGCCAGUUCGUGACGCCUUCUACUGUUUUGUCCAAAUCUGUCAUAAAUAUCUGCCCGGAUACUACAGUAGUGGUUUGGAAGCAGUACAAGUGGAUGGAGAUAUUCUUGUAAAGAUGUUGAAGGAAAAAUCGAAACUGACUUAUCGACAUUUUAAACAGAACGGUGUAGAUCCGGCGCUAUACAUGAUCGAGUGGUUUAUGUGUGUCUUCUGCCGUACACUUCCAUGGCCUACCGUACUCCGCGUCUGGGAUAUGUUCCUGUGUGAAGGCGUCAAAAUUCUAUUCAAAGUCUCGUUGAUUUUGUUGAAAUACGGUCUGGGGACGCCGUCACAAAUUAAGCAAUUUCCUGAUAUGCCAGCGAUUGUGACAAGGUUGAGGAAUCUGCCAGCUGAAAUCAAGGAGGAGGAGUUUAUAGUGCAAAAGAUUUCCGAGAUGACUCUAAACGAUGUGGAAAUGGAGAAAAUGCACUUUAUCGCGAUGAAAACUCGACAAAUGCGUUUUGAUUAA